CCGAAUUUUCUUGUAUGCGGAUUUAACAGUUUUGAUCAUGAAUCGAGAGCACUCGCCGCAAAUUAUCAGAAAACCCCAACGACCCAGUUUCUUCAAUGCUCUCACUGUUUAUUUCUCCCUAUAAAUCGAUCUCCUUUUCCCUUUGAAUCCCCCCCGCUCUGUCUCUUCUCUUCUCUUCUCUGUCGCUUUGGUUAAAGUAAAAAAAUGAGUGGGAAAGCAGCGAGGAAGAACCUGUUGAAAAGCUGUAACAUGAAAGGGAAAUUUGGGAAUGUUGCUUUCAUUGAUGUUGAUGGUGAUAGAUUUGAGAACAUUAUCAUCAUUGAUGCUCCUGAGUCUGUGGAGGAAUGUUUACAAGGUUUCAGUGGGCCUAGCAGUGGUAAGCAUUUUCCUGCUCCAGAUAUAAUUAGCAUUGAUGAUGAUGAAACUGAUAAAAUGGAUAAUCCCGAGAUUUGUAAAUGUGGUGGUGACUUGGAUAGUGAGGCCUCAUCAAGAAAAAGUUGUCCUGCAUCGGACUUUAAGCUGAAAUCUACAGGAUUAGAUGAUGAUGACUGCUGGUUCAUCAGGGAAAAGAGACCUGCAUUUAAACUAUCAAAGUGCAAGAAAACCUAUGCUGGGAAGACUCCUUUUGGAAAGCGUUUUGGUUUAAGUCCUGAGUCUGAGGAUAGCUCAUCUGAAAGUGAUUAUUCUGAUUGUGAACUUAUUGAAGGUUCUGUUGGAAAAUUUCAAGAACAAUGGGAGAAAGCUUCCCGGAGAAGGCAAUAUAAUAUUAGAAAUGGUCAAUCUGGUUUAGAGGAUCAGACAAGUGGCUCAGGAUCACGUAAUGACACUCCUCCAGGAGUUGGAGAAAAUGCGAGUCAACAAUAUGCUGAAACCCCUGCAUCCUCCGGUUCAAGCGGUUCAAGUCUUCAGAAACAAAACUCUCCUACCUUUGAGAUUGACAGUGAUAAUUACCAGGAUGAUACAUGUCUCAAUCGUGGGACAGAAAGGCCUUUCGUAGAAUCUGAUGAUAAAGUUGACCCUGAAAGCCUUUCACGAUCAAAAUAUGGGCCAACUGCUGAAGCACAGUUUUUUCAUGUUCAGGCUGAUGUUAUAUUUGGAAGAGAAAGAUUUGUAAAAGUUCCUCUUUCAAGGAAUAGAAAUGAAGAGUUUUCUUGGACACCCUCAAAUUUUGACCCAUACCCAAGUGAUUUGCAACAUGGAAAUACAUUUGCAAAUGGAGAAGAGAAGCUACAAUCCAAAGAAUCAUCGGAAGAAAAACCGGUUGAAAAAGAUGUGAAUCCUGUCGAUGUUGAAGUCAGAACUCUUUUUGAUGAAUCCACUUCUGUUAAGACCCCAUUGGAUGGAAUUCGAGUAGUCAGCAGUAAGAGAUUUUGUGAUGUGGACAGUUUUCAGAAUAAUGGAACUCAAAUAAGGCAAUCUUUGUCCAUGGCAGAGCUAUCAAACAUUAAUUCUAUGCUCAACAGUAAAAAAUAUGAUGAAAGUGUGCAUGUUCAAGUUGCUGAUGCCAUUGUUUCUUGUAAAAAGGAUAUGAUUAUAGACAGAGAAAAGUUCAAGGAGACAGAUGAAUACAAGCAAGCUAUGGAAGAAGAAUGGGCAUCUCGGCAGCGAGAGUUAAAAAUUCAGAUUUUAGGGAACAAAAAGCAUGCUGAUGCAAUCAUAUCUUUCUCAUCUCCUUUUCAACUUCAACACAGUUUCCUUUGCAGUCUGUUUAUCAUCAUCUACACUGUUAACUCAAUGGUUCAUAUUUGGCUAUUUUGUAUUAGUUUAGUGUUUAAACUUGAUGAAGUUGGAGCUGAAGAGGCUCAAAGAUUGCGUAAAAGGAGAAAGGCUGAAAGUAUGCGUGUGUUGGAUAUGGAGAGACGACAAAAACAACGUCUGGAGGAAAUGAGGGAGACUCAAAAGAAGGAUGAGGAAAAUUUGACCCUAAAGGAACAACUAAGAACGGAAGUAAGAAAGGAGCUUAGUAAAUUGGAAAUAUCAUGCAUUGAUAUGGCCUCAUUGCUUCGUGGCUUGGGGAUCCCUGUAGGUGGCGGUUUUAUCCCUUGUCCAAUGAGAUAUCUUGUUAUCUCAGUACCCAAUAGUUUCAAAUUAGGUGCUCUGCCCAGAAAUUGUUGUUCUCUGACAAUAAUUAAUGGUCUUUCCCAGAUUCAUGCAGCUUAUAAACGAGCCUUGUUAAAAUUUCAUCCUGAUCGAGCAUCUAAAACUGAUAUUCGGCAGCAGGUUGAGGCGGAGGAAAAGUUUAAGCUCAUUUCUCGCAUGAAGGAGAAAUUUUUACAGACUUCUUGUCACUGA